UCUCUAAAGUCUAUCUUCCAUCCUCAAGCACUUUCUCUCUCUAAAGCUAGCUAUCUCUCUAAACAUUAUCGCCAUCUCUCUCUCUCUCUCUCUCAGUCAAUUUAGUUAUCUAUGGCCACCUCUCUCUGAGCUUACAGACCGAACUCACCCACUCUCUCUCUACACACCCAUCUUUUUUCUCCCUCAUCGUAGUUAUUCUCCUGAAACUUUUUGUGCUUUCUCUCUCUAAGUUUUACCUAGAAUCCGUUCUCUCUCUCGUUAUGCUUUCUCUCUCUAAACUCUGGGCUCAUUUAACAGUAACGGACCCAUUCUCUCUCUAAACUUUGCGCCACAAUUAGGCCGGACGCACACUUUCUCUCUCAUGGCGCCACAGCGCCCCAAAUUCCCGCCCAUAACCCUCUGCAACUCCAUUAACAGAGAGACCCAAACAGUGGCGGCCGACCUCGAUGGAACGCUCCUCAUAGCUCGAAACUCUUUCCCUUACUUCAUGCUCGUCGCCAUUGAAGCAGGGAGCUUCUUAAGAGGCCUAAUCCUUCUUCUCUCUUCGCCCACCAUUCUUUUUCUCUACAAAUUUGUCUCUGAACCACUUGGGAUUCAAACCAUGAUCUUCAUUGCCUUUGCAGGGCUAAAAUUGAAGAGCAUAGAGCAGGUUUCGAGAGCUGUUUUGCCCAAAUUUUAUGCAGAGGAUGUUCAUCCUGAGAGCUGGAGAGUGUUAUCUGCUUUCGGUAAUAGAAUUAUAGUGACUGCAAAUCCAAGAGUCAUGGUUGAGCCAUUUGUGAAGGAGUAUUUGGGGGUUGAUAAGGUUUUGGGGACUGAAAUUGAGGUGGGAAAGAGUGGGAGGGCUACUGGUUUUGUGAAGGGGAGAGGGGUUCUUGUUGCAGAGCUCAAGAAGGAGGCUUUAAUGGAGGAAUGUGGUGAGAAUUUGCCUGAUUUGGGGAUGGGUGACAGGGAGACUGAUCAUGAUUUCAUGGGCAUUUGUAAGGAAGGGUACAUGGUUCCUCCAGGCAUUGCAAAGGCAGGUCCUGUCCCACGAGAUUCCCUCUUGAGCCCGACCGUCCUACACGAUGGCCGCCUAGCCCUUCGCCCAACUCCUCUGGCUGCCCUCCUAACCUUCCUUUGGCUCCCUCUCGGUUUCGCUCUAUCUCUCGUCCGCGUCUAUUUCGACCUGCCCCUCCCUGAACGCAUAGUUCAACACACUUAUCGCAUCCUCGGAAUCAAACUAAUCAUUAAGGGGAUCCCUCCUCCACCCCCUGCACCUGGCUCUCCAGGAGUUCUUCUAGUCUGUAACCACCGCACAGUGCUCGACCCAAUUGUCACAGCGGUGGCCUUAGGACGCAAGGUUAGCUGCGUAACAUACAGCAUUAGCAAGUUCUCCGAGUUCAUGUCUCCCAUCAAAGCGGUCGCACUGACUCGAGAGCGAGAGAAGGACGCCGCCAACAUUAAGGCCUUGCUCCAAGAAGGGGACCUAGUAAUUUGUCCUGAGGGAACUACUUGCAGGGAGCCAUUUUUGCUAAGGUUCAGUGCACUUUUUGCAGAGCUGAGUGAUAGAAUUGUGCCAGUGGCCAUUAACACUAAGCAAAGCAUGUUUCAUGGGACAACUGUGAGGGGGUACAAGUUGCUGGACCCUUACUUCUUCUUCAUGAACCCUAGGCCCACUUAUGAGAUCACCUUCUUGGAGCAAUUGCCAUUGGAGCUCACAUGCAAGGGGGGCAAGAGCCCAAUUGAAGUGGCCAACUAUAUUCAAAGGGUGUUAGCUGGGACCUUGGGGUUUGAGUGCACAAGUUUUACUAGGAAAGAUAAGUACAUGAUGCUUGGGGGAAACGAUGGGAGGGUAGAGAGCAUGAAGAUUAAGGGAUAGGAGCUCUCUCUCUCUCUCUCUCUCUCUCUCUAAGCUGGAAAGGGUGGGAGUUGCAAUUUUUGUUUGUGGGGUUUGGGUUUGAUGACAUGGUGGAUCUCUUUGAUCCAUAAAAAGAGAAAUGAUGGGGUCUUUGUGCUUGUGCAAGGUGUUGGUUGUUUGUUAUAUCUGGUUUUAGGUGAAAUACUAGGGAACUAUUGAAGGGAUAUCUUUUUCAUUAAGGGAGCAUCUCUCUUUUGCUAAUUUGUUUUUAGCAGCCCUUGGUAAUGGGAAGAUUUGGGUCUCUAUCUCUUAGUAAAUCAUUCAAGAGAGAUUUUGUGUAUCCUUUACAUUACAGUGAAAUGAUGGUCUCUCUAAUUGAUGUUUUCAAAUAUUUGAUAAUAAAGGGUAAAUAU